AUGAUUCGCAUUUUAAGAAAGUUAUUGAUUAAGAAUUGCAAUUUAAAAAUGGGCAUAACAUUAAGCCAGCAAACACAAUUAGAUCUUAAUAAGCUCGCAACAAUCAACGUCAUGAAGCUAUGGAACGAGAAUUCUCAAUCUGGAUCCAUGAGCGAAGCUAUUUUUCAAAAAUUUUUAUCUUCUUUAAGCCAGACUUUAUCAAUGCCUCUAACACCUACACAAGUAUCUAAUGCUUUCAAUAAACUCCAAAAUAAAGGUGAAGUCUCUUUUUCUUCUUUUGAAACAGAGUUCACAAGCUGAUGCAACGACAAAGUUAAAGAAGAUUUUGGGACUGAGGUUUUACAACCUAUGGCUCCACAGCAUGUAAUUAACAAAGAAUAUCAGCUCUUCUUGGAAACAAAUUCUAUUGUCUAUAAGAAGUUUUAUUUGAAUAAUCCAGACAGUUUUGAUAAAGAUUUAACAGUGAAAUCAGAAAAUGAUGUAGUUAUGAAAGUAAGGACUCCAAGGAUUAUAGUGAAGAGAAACUCGGGAGAACAUGUGAGACUAAAAAUUAUUGCUCCUACACUGGAAGGAAAGUUUCAAUGUAAUUUGGUUCUUCAGCAUGCUUCAAGCUUGAUGAUUGAAGAAGUACUAAGAUUUAAUCUGGAAUUUAAAAGAAAAGAAGAAAGGAUAUCUUUUGGGUCAUCAGGACAGAGGCCGCCUAGCUCUAGUGGGAGUAUAAAAAAGACAAACUCGUGGAGCUUCCUGGGGAGGUCGCCAUCUCCAAGUAGAAACUUAAACGAUUCUUAA